AAAGCACAAAAUUACAGCAACUCAAACCAAAUACACCCUUGCCACUUCUCCCCGAUACCGAAAAUGCGAGCUACCGUACACCGUCCGAUCAUCUCCUCUCUCUUCUCUUCACUAUCUCUCCGCGGUAUCUCCACCUCCUCCGCCGCCGAUCACCACCCCAAACCCCUCCCAUCUCCGCCUCCAUUCUCCGAUGAACUCCCACUCCCAGAGCCGAGCCCUCUAACCCGAACCCGAACCCGAACUCCACUAGAGCAACAAUUCGAAUCAUGGAUCAACAAUCUCAAACCCGGGUUCACACCAGCUGACGUAAACGAAGCUUUGAAAGCCCAAACCGACCCGGACCUCGCUAUCGAUAUCUUCCGAUGGACAGGCCAACAACGGAGCUACAAGCACAACCACGUAACUUACCUAACCAUGAUCAACAUUGCAGUGUCAAGUAAGCGUUAUCGCGUCGCGGAGACUCUAGUUGAGGAAGUUCUCGCCGGCGCCUGCCCGCCGAGUCUCCCUCUGUAUAAUUCCAUGAUCAAAUUUUGCUGCGGUCGUAAAUUCUUAUUUAACCGUGCAUUUGAUAUAUACAAAAAAAUGACAAAGUGUGAAGAUGCUAAGCCGACACUAGAUACUUAUAACUUGUUGUUGAAUGCUCUUUUGAGUAAAUUUAAUAAGUUACAUGUUUGUUAUGUGUAUUUACAUUCGGUUCGAUCGUUAUCGAAGCAAAUGAAGUCUUUCGGGGUGAUUCCAGAUACAUUUGCAUUGAAUAUGAUAAUCAAGGCUUAUUCCAAGUGUUUGGAGGUUGAUGAGGCUAUUCGUGUUUUUCGUGAAAUGGGAUUGUAUGGAUGUGUGCCUGAUGCGUUUACUUAUGGUUAUAUAGCGAAAGGGUUGUGCGAGAAGGGGAGAGUGAAUCAAGGGCUUGAAUUUUUUAAGGAAAUGAGGAAUAAAGGGUUUGUUCCGAAAGGAUCUGUUUAUAUGAUAUUGGUUUGUAGUCUUGCUUUGGAGCGUCGCUUUGAGGAUGCUACUGAGGUGGUGUUUGAUAUGUUGGAUAAUUCGUUGUCACCUGAUCAUCUUACUUAUAAAACCGUGUUGGAAGAAUUGUGUAGGGAAGGGAAAGGAGAUUAUGCAUUUGAAGUUCUUGAAGAAUUUAAGAAGAGGGAUAGGUUUAUGCAUGAGAAGAGUUACAAGUCUUUGUUGGAUACGUUAUAUUUUCUUAAUCAGGAUUAAGUAUUGUGUUUUCAGUAUUGAUCAAUUGUCGUUUGUAAGUACAUCUCUUGCCGCCUUGAUGAAAGAAAAUUUGUCCAUCAGCAAUUAGAAUUGGAAAGGCUAGUCUUGCUGUUCAGUCAUCUUUUUUCACCAUAGCACAUAUGAGGCGAAGAGAUUUUACCUUCUCGUUGAUUUGCUUGUCUUGAUGAUGACAAAGCUGAAUCAUGCCCACUGCAUUAUUGGGCGGGCUGCAACCUGAGUUCCUUGUUCAGGGAAAUCAAAAUGGUUCAUUUUCACUUCGCUGUGCUGGAAAGUCCUACAUAGUUGCUGAUUCGGUUGACUACAAGGACAGUUGUUUGAGGAAACGGGGUGAUUAUUCUUCGGCAGAUGGAUCUCAAACUAAUGCAAAGUAGUUUCCAACUGUUUGGAACAGUGAAUCAGACAUUAAAAUGGAGAAACACUUCAUUGAACAAUGAUUGACAGUAGUUGAAGAGAAAGUCUGGCCACAUGGAUAUCGUUGUGUAUUCAAGCUGAAAAUAGUAUUGGGCAUGGAAUGGCAGUUUCAAGGGAAAAAAGAGCCAGAAAUCUCAAGGUGCUGACUAAAAUGGAUGAUCAAAUGAAAGGUUGGUUAAGGCAAAUACUGGCUGACAUGUAGGAUACCUGUUGCUCAAUGCUUCCAUCAAGCUAGUAGAGAGCUUGCUAAAUCAUGAAGUGCUUUUCAUCUGCCCGGUAACUGGUUUCUCGCUGCCCAUAGUUAAUGAGGAAUGAUAGGCUGACCACAAGGAGGGACGUGGAGAGCAAGUGUCCAUAUAGCUGACCUCAACUUGGAGUUGAAACAUAACAGUUGUUGCCGUAUGCCUGUUUUGUCAAAUCGAGUCUGUAAUACGUCUCGGCAGUUUUAGUUUUCUACUGGCCGACUGUAUACUUAAUUACUCAUUGUCAUUGUCAAGGAGAUGCUAAUGAAGCAUAUCUACAAUGUCUUUUGGUUACUUGUAUUCGCCUUGACAUGCUAAUGUAACAAAUCUACAACUUGUCUUUUGGUUA